GGCAAAUCUUCUGAGGUUUAGUUGCCGCUGCAAGUGAGAAACCCUAAUCCUAACCCAAGCUAGCUGAAAAUGCCGGCCGGACAUGGUCUGAGAUCUAGAACCCGCGAUCUGUUUUCGAGGCCGUUCAGGAAGAAGGGUUACAUCCCGCUCACCACUUAUCUGAGGACUUACAAGAUUGGGGACUAUGUGGAUGUCAAGGUGAACGGAGCUGUCCACAAGGGUAUGCCCCACAAGUUCUACCAUGGCCGCACUGGUCGUGUCUGGAAUGUCACCAAGCGCGCCAUCGGCGUCGAGGUCAACAAGCAGGUUGGGAAUAGGAUAAUCAGGAAGAGGAUCCAUGUUCGUGUUGAGCAUGUUCAGCCAUCUAGGUGCACCGAGGAAUUUCGGUUGAGGAAGGUGAAGAACGAUCAGCUAAAAGCCGAGGCUAAGGCAAGAGGAGAGGUCAUCAGCACAAAGAGGCAACCUGAGGGUCCUAAGCCUGGCUUCAAGGUGGAAGGAGCUCAGUUGGAAACAGUUACUCCCAUUCCCUAUGAUGUUGUUAACGAUCUCAAGGGUGGUUAUUAGAGUUUUUUUUUUUCGGUUUUAAUCUUCCUGUUUUUGCAACAGAUCUGUGAGCUCUAUUAGAUUUUUGGAUAUGUUUUAAUGUUUUUUUCAUUUGAAUAUGGAAAUGAUUAUCUUUGGAGGUAUAAUUUUGUUUAAGACUGUUAAUUUUAUUGGCCAUUAAUAUGUUUGCGAUUGAAAAAAUUGAUUAUAAUUUUUUUUUCUCCUCUUUUGCCGUAUGCUGUUGUGUUUUGCAACAGUCUUUUGCCCAAAGGGUGUUUUGGCUGUUUGAUCAGUGUUUUCUUUGAUGGACAAUU